GCCAGGCAAACAAGAACAACGCGCGCCAUGACCUGUCCGGACUGGGAACCCAGCCUUCUUCUUGCCGCGAAAGAAAGAAAGGAAAGGCAAAACGGUUCGGCUUCCGCGUCGGCAACAGCGACACCGCCAGCCGGACCACCAGCCCAACCUAUAAAUCUACGUCUCCGUCCCCUCGCCGCUCGCUCGCUCGCUCAUCACGCAACCAAUCGCGGACGCAGCAAGAAACCAGCGAUCCGAUCCACACUCGUUCAAUAUCUGCCGGCCGAUCAAGGAGAGAGAGGAGGCGGGCGAUGGCGCGGCGGGGCACGGAGGCGUUCCCGAGCCUGGGCGCGCACUGCGACGAGCCCGACUGCAACCAGCUCGACUUCCUGCCCUUCGACUGCGACGGCUGCGGCAAGGUCUUCUGCGCCGCGCACCGGACCUACCGGGACCACGGCUGCGCCAAGGCGGCGGACCAGGGCCGCACCGUCGUCGUCUGCCCGGACUGCGGCGACUCCAUCGAGAGGCUCGUCCCGGGGCAGGACGAGCGGGAGAUCCUGGCGGCGCACGCGCGGUCGCGGCGCUGCGACCCGGCCAAGAAUCGCAAGCCCCGGUGCCCCGCGCGCCGGUGCAAGGAGCAGCUCACCUUCUCCAACACCCACCACUGCAAGGGCUGCGCCCGGAAGGUGUGCCUCAAGCACAGGUUCCCGGCCGACCACGACUGCGCCGCCAGCGCACGCGCCGCGGCGGGGGCGGCGGCGGCGGCGGCGAGGAGGGCCGGCGGGGAGUGCGGCCGUGGCGCGCGGAAGGAAGGGAACGGCGGCGGCUGGGCGCUGCCGGCGUCCAUCCGGAGCCUCAAGAUCUUUUGAGGCCUGCCUGGGGGGAUGGGGCGUGCCAUUCUGUCACGUUGCAGCCACGUCUUCAGCAGCGAAAAAAACUGCUCGUCCAGAUGGGAUGCCGACCAUGCGGUCCACAUAUUCCAUAGUACUAUGUUCUUUUGAUUGAUGUAUAAACAUGGACAAAUUUGUGAUCUAAUAAAAUAUAAAAAAUACUAGUGAAUAUGUGCGUUGUGAUGAAAAACGUAAUAAUUCACUAUUUGAUCUUGAUUC